GGGAGAACGAAGCGGAAGCUCCUCCUCCGCCAUCUUUCUUCCUGGCAGCGCCGUCCUGACAGCCGCGGAGAACGGGCGUCCCGGAACCGAGCCGGGAGCCGCGGGAGGCCGCGAGCGCAGCCAUGGAGUCUGUAUCCUUCGAGGAUGUGGCUGUGAACUUCACCCCAGAGGAAUGGGCUUUACUGAAUUCUUCCCAAAAGAGACUACACAGAGAUGUAAUGCAGGAAAACUUCAGGAACCUGGCUGCCAUAGCAAAAAAUCAAGAAGACCCGACCCUUGAAGAUGACUAUGAAUAUUUAAGGAAAAUUCUUCCCUUCGCAGUUCAGACUGGAUACAGACUAUGUGAGAAUCAAGACUAUGCAGAGAAACCAGGCACAAAUAAGGAAUGUGGGAAAGUCUUUAGUUCUCCCCAGCGCUUUCUGGAGCACGGAACAACUCAAAUGGAAGAGAAAACUAAUGAAUGGAAGCAAACUAAGGAAGGUUUCAGUAAACACAGUUAUGUUCAAGUCCCUGAAAAAAUACAUGCUACAGAAAAAUCUUGUGUUUUAAAGCAGACUGGGAAAGACUUUUUGACUCUCGCUGGUAUUCAACAGCACAUAACACAUAAUGGACAUGGGCCAUAUAUAUGUAAAGUAUGUGAUAAAGCCUUUCUCUCUUCCAGUUCUUUCUUGACCCAUGAAAGAACACAUACUGAAGAACAGCUUUAUACAUGUAAGCAAUGUGGCAAAACCUUCACGUAUUCCAGUGGCCUUCGCCGCCAUGAAAGGACUCAUAGUGGAGAGAAACCCUAUAAAUGCAAGCAAUUUCUGAAAGUCUUUCCUUCUUUGAGUAAGGUUGAAAAUCAUGAAGAAACUCACAAUGGAAUAAAAUACAUAUGUAAUCAGUGUGGAAUAGACUUCAGCGAUCACAAUUCCCUUCAAUGCCAUGAAAAGAUCCACAGUUUAGAGAAACCCUAUAUAUACAAGCAAUGCGGAAAAGCAUUCACUUGUCCCAGUGCCUUGCGAAGACAUGAACGAAUUCAUACUGGAGUGAAGCCCUAUGAAUGUAAGGUCUGUGGGAAAGCCUUCAUUGACUGCAGUUCUCUUCAGUGUCAUGAGAGGAUUCAUAGUGGAGAGAAACCUUAUGUAUGUAAGCUGUGUGGGAAAGCCUUCAGUCGUCAAGGUUCUCUUAAAUGCCACGAAAGGAUUCAUAGUGGAGAGAAGCCCUACGCAUGCAAGCAGUGUGGGAAAAACUUCAUGCAUCACAAUGCUCUUAGAUACCAUGAGCAGAUUCACAGUGGAGAGAAAUCCUACGGGUGUAAGCAAUGUGGGAAAGCCUUCGUGUUGAGCAGUGCAUUGAAAAAACAUGAACGAAUUCACAGCGGAUUAAAACCUUGUUUGUGUAGGGUGUGUGGAAAAGCCUUCACGUUUCAUAGUUCCCUUCAUUGCCAUGAAAGGACUCACACUGGAGAGAAACCCUAUGUAUGUAAGCAGUGUGGGAAAGCCUUUAUGUACCACAGUUCUCUUCGUUGCCAUGAAAAUAUCCACAGUGCAGAGAAACCCUAUGUGUGUAAGUUAUGUGGGGCAGCCUUCACUUUCCACAGUUCUCUUCAACGCCAUGAGCGAAUCCACAGGGGAGAGAAACCGUAUGUCUGCAAGUUCUGUGGGAAAGCCUUUACUGAUCACAGUUCUCUUCGGUGUCAUGAAAGGAUUCACACUGGAGAGAAACCCUAUGUGUGUAAACAGUGUGGGAAAUCCUACAGUACUCAUGGUUCUCUUCGAUACCAUGAAAGGAUGCACUGUGUGUAACUACAUUGGAAAACCUCCUCUUUGAAUAUGUUUUAAUCUUAUUAACUAAAAAACAAAAUAUAUGGUUGUAAGCAAUGUAAAUAGGCCUUAAUAUGUUCUGGUUCCCUUCAAAAGAACACUAUUGGAGACAAACUGGAGCAUAUCUCUAAAUACAGAAUUAAGGAAAACUCCUUUAUUAUAAGCUCUUUAAAGCAAACAUGAUGGUAUAAUGAACUUAACCUGAAUCAAUGUAAAGCAUGUGGGAUUAUCUCUACUUCUCUCUGUUCAGUUCUCACAAAAACACUAAGGGGAUGGGGAGAUGGCUCAAUCUGUAUAGUGCCUGCCCUGGAAGCAUGAGGUCCUGAGUUUAAAUCCUCAGCACCAAUAUAAAAGCCAGACAUGGCGGCACAUGCCUGUAAAUAAUCCCAGUGCUGGGGAGACAGAGAAGAGAUUCCUGAGCUUGCUGGUUAGCUAGUCUACUCAAGUCUAUUCAAGUUCAAAGAGUGAAGUGGAGAUGAUUCAGGAAGACAUCCACCAUUAACAUCAACCUCUGGCUGUUGUAUAAUGUACAGCCACAUACAUAUGAACACUCAUCCUCACAUGCAUGCACACCACACACACAAAAGAACACACUGUAUCCAGAACCUUGAUUAGAAGAAAUCUGUGAGUCUUCACUUGGCCAGCAUAUACACAGUCAAAACCUUAUAAAUGUAAGUAGAAUUGUCACUUGUUGCAUGUGUCAAAGGCUGAUGUAGUAGGAUUCUGUUAACACAACUAGUGUGAAGAGCCUGGCAUAAAAUAAUGUAUGGAAGGCUGGGCGUUGGUGGCGCACGCCUUUAAUCCCAGCACUCAGGAGGCAGAGCCAGGCGGAUCUAUGUGAGUUCGAGGCCAGCCUCGUCUACAGAGCAAGUUCCAGGACAGGCUCCAAAGCUACAGAAAAACCCUGUCUCGAAAAACCAAAAAAAAAAAAAAAAAAUGUAUGGAAUGCUUUAGAAAUUGCACACUUCAGAAGAAACUUUCUAUGUUUAUAAAUGUUUGUCAGUGGGACAUUCUUAGGUAGAUCUAAACCAUGUUCUUCUAGUUUUAUUCUUGAAAAUAAAUGCUUCAGUGAAAUUAUUUGCUAAGGUUUACUUAAACAGUUGCGUGUGCUUCCUCUGUAGUUUCAGUAUUGGUGAAUUCAGUUAAUAACUUUCUGUUUUUAAUUUAAAAUAUUGAAUUGAAAUGUCUUUCUAAUAUGUGAGCAGUCUUAAUUUUUAUGUAGUUUUAAAAUAAUUUUGUCUAAUGGACCUGUGAAAACUUUUAAUUUGGGCUGGGAAGAUGACUCGGUGGAUGAGCAUCAGGACAUAGGUCAGAUCCCACUAAACAGCCAGAUGUGGCUGAGCACACCUGUGUCCCCAGAAUGGAAAGAAGGGGGUAACACAGGUGGAUUCCUGGGGCUUGCUGACCAACCGCUCUAGAUGAAAACCAAGCUCUAAGAUAGUGCAAGCCCGUUUCUCAAGCAACAAGGCAGAGAGUGGUAGGAGAGAACACCUGAUGAUGUUCUCUGGCUUCCACACAUGCAAGCUUGGUGCUUACAAACAUGAAAGAUUAUUCAUACUCGGGUUUUCCUACAAGGCUCUUGUCAUAGGUCAUAUAUGAAUAUAAAUUCAGAACAAAUGACUUUAAACUGAAUUUAACUAUUUUUCACUUUUAAUAUUUUCUCCAAACAAAAUUUCUGUACAUAUUUUAUAAUUUAACUGUUUUCAACAGUAUACAUUGACAUGUUAUCUUUUUCAUAUUUGGACAAAGUAUCUGCAAAGUAACAUAAAAAAAUCAACUUCACAAUUUGUCAAAUUUUUCCUUUCACCUUAGAGUCAUUAUUGUCAAAAUUCUGAUGAAAUUUCCUUAUGUAAUGGAAUCCUACUAACUAAUGAUCUUUUGCUAUAUAAAUUUUAUCAUAUUGAUGGUAUAGCUUUUUAUCAUUUUCCCCUCACUACCAAAAGAUACAUUCCACUGGUUUAAGUGUGUUCUGGCCAGAGAUUAUAAGACCAAGGCUUUAGUCACAUCAAAUGUAAUGGAUUACAGGAAUAAAUCUACAUUCCAUAUCUGA